GAAGAACAGACAACGAAAUAAAAAAUCAUUGGAAUACUCAUAUCAAGAAGAAGCUCCUUAGGAUGGAAAUCGAUCCUUCAACCCAUCAACCUUUAAACAAAGUAUCUACCGACAAAAGGUUUGUCGAUAAAUUAACUUCAUCGAAAGCCGGAAAUGUAAAGAGAAGUGAUAGUAAAAGCAUAGAGAUCGAUGGGACAACGACAAAUACAAUAGAUGAAACUAGCACGAUCACUCAUCAAAAUAGUUCAAAAGAUGAUUAUGAGUUACUUGGUGAUAUUAUUCAUAACUAUGAAGAUUUAUUUAAUAUUCUAUGGACCAACGAUGAACCUCCUCUAGUCGAUGAUGCAUCAUGGAGUAAUAAUAACGUCGGUAUUGGUGGAACAGCUGCAGUCGCAGCCUCAGACAAGAACAACAUUGCUGCCGCGGAAGAUUUUCCGACACAGCCAUUAAAAGGACAGAAUGGCGAAAGUUGGAUGUUUUUGGAUUAUUGCCAAGACUUUGGUGUUCAAGAUUUUGGGUUCGAGUGUUACCAUGGUUUUGGACAAAGCUCCAUGGAGACAGAUCACAAGGACUAGCAUUUGCAAGGAUACAUGGCAUAUACACACAUAGACUACGUAUAUAUGUAUAUAUCUGUACGCAUUAUAGUAUUAUGAAGUAAUGUAAGAAAAAUCAUGUAAAGCAGUAAAGAAGCACCAUGGUUUUCACAAUUUAGCUAGGGUAACAGAAAAAGUAUCACUAGGAGUUAUAUAAAGUUAAGUCAGAAUU